AUAAGAAACGCUCAUGACACGGAGAGGGACGACCUACCAGGCGUAAAGCUAAUAAAAUCAUCUGUGGCCAUAAUCCGCUCUCAAAUUGCCCUCAAUCCGGAACUGAGAGAAUCCACUCCGAGGCUUUUUUCCCCCUUCUUUCUCUCUCUCACACACACACACACACACACGCACACGCACACACACACACGCACACGUCCACCCCACAGACAAUAUUUUUAGACCGCUAUGUCGUGACCGGAGCGAUGCAAAUGUCACACGAUUCAUUGGCUACUGUCAGUCUCCGGCACGAAAACGUCAGUGUUUUGAUGGCGUUUGGAUAAAAUCGUGUUCCCCGACCGCUGCUGCGUGGAACGGGGGAGGGGGGAGGUAGAGAGCCGAGGCUUCGUCGGGCUCGCUUUCAGCACCUUGGACAGCUCCUUUUCGCAGGGUUCCCCGCUGCGCUCGCCGGGGAAACCCUCGGCUGAGGAGCGGAACCUGGAUCCGAGGCAGCACACGCGACCCCUCACCGCUCCACGCCAGGAGGAGACUGCCCUUCUAAGGGUCGUAAUUUGCUCAGUCUGAAUGACACUUAGACACCACAAUGAUCUCGGCGAGUGACAAUGCUUCUUGCCUUUGAGCGCCAGAACCCCCUUUGGCUUUGCACUGAAAUCCAAGCAGCGCAAGUGGGAGCAGCGGCAGCAGCAGCAGUGUUCGUCCAAUGCACAAGUGCUAAGGAUAGCUGCAGCCUACACACACUGCGAGCCUGCUGCUGCUUCACUUACUCUGAUCAUCACCGAGGGAGGCAUUACUAUCAGCAAGGGGGCAGCGGGAGGCACGAUUACCCGUCAACAAUGUAAAUCUCACACAGGUGGAGCAUGAAAGCACCGUCUAUCAGGUGAAAAGGUGAACUGCAGCACUAAAACAGCCAGAACUGAGUGGACACCUUGUGACAACCAUCUCUACAUCUCUCCCCUCUCCAUCAACUAGCAUCAUGGCGAACACUGAGGAAGUGAAGCAGGCCGGUCUGUCGGACUUAGAGAUCAUCUCCCAGCCAGUGGAGGAUGAGAACCAGUACUUGACUCCACCGGUCCAGCUGGUGAGUUUUGGGUACAGAGAUCUGCCCCUUGCAGCUCUUGACCUCUCGCUGGCUGGCUCGCAGCUCCUCUCCAACGCAGAUGAAGAUGAAAACAGGGAAGGGUCCAACUGGCUGAAGCCCUGUUGCGGUCGCCGCGUGGCCCUGUGGCAAGUCUGUAUGCUCAGCGCUGGUUUCAACUGUAUCCUGGUGACCUGUGUCAUCCUGGUGGUUCUUUUCCUGUCUUUGGAGCUGCUGAUAGACACCAAACUUCUACAAUUUUCCAAUGCUUUCCAAUUUGCCAGCAUUAUCCACUGGAUCAGCCUUAUCAUCUUGUCACUCUUCUUUUCAGAGACUGUCUUCAGAAUUGUUGUGCUCGGGAUCUGGGACUACAUAGAGAACAAAGUUGAGGUGUUUGAUGGUGCUGUCAUCGUGCUGUCCCUGGCCCCCAUGGUGGCCUCCACGGUAGCCAACGGGCCCAGCAGCCCCUGGGAUGCCAUCAGCCUCAUCAUCACUCUACGCAUCUGGAGGGUCAAGAGGAUCAUUGACGCUUAUGUGCUACAAGUCAAAGUUGAGAUGGAAUUGGAGAUUCAGCAGUGUGAGAAGACCAAGGCUGUGAGAGAGGAGCAGCUGGAGCGUCUCACUCAGAUCUGCCAGGAACAGGCUUUUGAGAUCAGACAGCUGAGGGCCCAUCUAGCCCAGCAGGACCUGGACCUUGCGGCAGAACGUGAAGCAGCCAUGCAGAUUCAUCAUGUAUGGGGCAAACAGGGCAGGAGUUUUCAGGUUGUAGAAGGCUUGACUCCCGGGGAGUCUGACGAUGAGGGUGGCCAGAGAAACCCCAGGGAGCCUCAUGUCACUGCAGAUCCAGUUGUGCGUGAUGACAUGAACAACUACAUCAGCCAAUACUACAGUGAAGCAAGCAGUGAUGCUGGAGCUUUUGGCUUGGGUGCCCGAGUUAUCACCAUGGCAGCCAUAGAUGUUCACCUCCCCACCAAUCCAAACCCCAUUCAGUCAAACCAGAUGCUUGCAAUGGAGCGGGUGGGAAGCGUGGUAAGUGACAUCUCAACCAGCAUAUCCCGGUCCAGUGGCAGCCUGACGGCUCGCCCACUCAGCCUGAGUAGCCACAACCCGGGUUCAUCUAUGACAGACUGCAGCAGCAGCACAGCUCAGGACCUCUACAGCACCCAUCGCUGCUGUCCUCCAUCCUACUCAGGCCAGGACCCCUGCAGGGACCCCAGCAUGGUGGUGCAGGAGCUACUCUCCUCUCUCUCGGAAGACUCCUGCCUUGCUCAAAAGGGUCUGGAAGUGGACCCUGUCAACCUUAAGCUUCCCAGUCCUACUGGCUCAGAAAAGGCCAGCCCUGAGCUGGACAACAGAAUAAACAUCUUCAACCGCAGAAACCAAGAGGAGAGACGAGGCAGGGGGAGGGGUUGUGUACUGUUGCAGACCAAGCCACUGAUCCACCUGCAGAGCAGCAUCACUGAGCCAUCCCUGGAGGAGAAGUACCGGCUCCUGGGACCAGCUGACACACCUCUGGGGCACAUGCCUGAUACAUAAGCUGCAUUUACAGAAGUAUUUUCUUUGAUUUUACUGCCACCUUGUUUGGCAUAUAUCUGAAAUCUUGUGGCAGGACAAAGCCCAUAAAAUUUUUUUCUGUCGCUGUGUAAUUUCAAUCUUAGCCCAUUCAGAGGAAGCUUGAAAAUUAGCUUCGAGCUAACACUGAUGACUGAUGCUCCUAAACUUCAUGUGUUCAGAAGUGGAAGAAGUAGAAAUGAUAAUAAUAACUCUUGUGCCCUUUGCCAUAAUGUCCAACCUCCCAUGUUCCUCAUUGAUGGAUUUUUUUAAAUCUGAAAUUCCCUGAUAUAGCACAACAACGACUAUACAACCCAGUAUGGGGGGAAGGGCAGCAAUGUGUCAUUGGACACAUUCAUCAUCAGGAAUUCUUACUUUGAAUAGGUCCUAAAUGCACUCAACUUUAAAUGAAUUAAAACCAGCAAGGGGUCAUUCAAGCCUAUACUGAACAAAAACUUUAAUUCUGAACCAUGUUGCAAACCAAGACAUUGUUCGCUGUUCUUAGAAUUUCAAGCAGUUAAUAGGAUUUUUUUCUAUUGCAUUUUUCUUGUUAUUUGGUUUAUUUUAAUUUGUAUUGAUCACAUUUAAGAUAAGACAUGCUGUUCUUUGUUUAAACAGCUACAGGGUACAUAAGACUGGCUUAACUAUACAAACAGCCAAUUUUUGUUAUUACCUAUGCCUUUCUGUCACCUAUUUGUUUGAUUUGAAACAAUGGACCAUCAUCAGUAGUUAUUGAAUAGCAUUUCUGUUCACUUGUUCAAAAAACAUUAGUUGGGUAUAUUUGUGUGGUUGAAAUGAAAAGGUAAGUGACUGGAUGCUUUACAUGAAACUAGAUUGGAGUGCUUGUAGCAUGAAAGACAUGUGCCCAAAAUGGCAAGAAGAUUCUUUGCACUUUAAUGUUUACAGACACUUUUGUAAACUUGAUAUGGAGGAAGUUAUUGCCAAAUGCAGGUGUUGUCAUUUGAAUGAAAAUAGCAAAAAUAAAAAUUAGUAUUUCCUUACC